CUUCCAAGCAUUGCCAUCCACGUUCUUAAAGCCAACAAGAUGAACAUCUUCUUUAUUUUCUCACUGCUGUUCUUUGCUGCCCUGGGAAGCUGUGCUAAUGAUUCAACCCCCCUAGAAGAGUGCUUCCGGGAGGCUGAUUAUGAAGAAUUUCUGGAGGUAGCCAGGAAUGGUCUGAAAAAGACAUCACACCCCAGACAUGUCAUAGUUGUCGGUGCAGGCAUGGCCGGGCUUAGUGCAGCCUACACUCUUGCAGGAGCUGGACACAAGGUGACAGUUCUUGAAGCCAGUGAACGUGUGGGAGGACGAGUGAACACGUACCGAAAUGAGAGAGAAGGCUGGUAUACCAAUCUGGGGCCCAUGCGUUUGCCAGGGCAACACAGGAUUGUCCGAGAAUAUGUCAAAAAACUUGGUUUGUCGCUAAGCCCAUUCAUUCAAGAAGAUAACAGCACCUGGUAUUUUGUUAAAAAUAUCCGGAAGAGAGUCUGGGAGGUCACGAAAGACCCCAGCCUCUUGAAAUAUCCUGUAAAACCCUCAGAAGAAGGCAAAACUGCUGGACAGCUAUAUGAUGAGUCUCUCAGAAAGAUUACAGAAGAGUUGCAAAGGACUAACUGCAGCUAUAUACUAAAUAAAUAUGACACCUACUCAACCAAGGAGUACCUAAUUAAAGAAGGGAACCUGAGUCGUGGAGCUGUGGAUAUGAUUGGAGACUUGCUGAAUGAAGAUUCUGCCUAUUACAUAUCUUUUAUUGAGAGCUUGAGAAGCCAUGUUAUCUUCUCACGUGAAAAAAGAUUUGAUGAAAUCGUUGGUGGAUUCGAUCAGCUACCUAACACCAUAUAUCAAAGUAUUGCAGAAAUGGUGCAUCUCAAUGCUCGAGUAACCAAGAUAGAGCAGAAUGCUGAGAAUGUUACAGUGGUGUAUCAAACACCAGCAAAGACCUUGGCAUAUGUGACAGCUGACUACGUCAUUGUGUGCUCCACAUCAAGGGCCACCCGUCGCAUCUAUUUUGAACCACCCCUUUCGCCUAAGAAAGCACAUGCUUUGCGGUCCACCCACUACAGAAGUGCCACCAAGAUCAUCCUCACUUGCACUAGGAGGUUCUGGGAAGAUGAGGGCAUUAGUGGUGGAAAGUCCACAACUGAUCUUCCAUCACGAUUCAUCUACUACAUCAACCAUAACUUUACUAGUGGCAUUGGGAUUAUUAUGGCCUACGUCAUUGCUGAUGAUUCCCAUUUCUUUCAAGCCCUUGAGCACAAGGACAUUGCUAAUAUUGUCCUGAAUGACCUUUCAGCCAUCCAUCAGCUGCCCAGAAAAGUAAUCCAGUCCCUCUGUUACCCCUCAGUGGUAAAAAAAUGGAGCCUGGAUAAGUAUUCCAUGGGUAGCAUAACUUCCUUCACUCCCUACCAGUCUCAAGAUUAUAGUGAACCGCUCGCUAAACCAGAAGGCAGAAUCCACUUUGCAGGGGAGCAUACCGCCAAGCUUCAUGGUUGGUUGGACACCACAAUUAAGUCAGGGCUGAGGGCAGCAAGGGAUGUGAACCUUGCUUCUGAGAAGCCAUCCGGAAUCCAGCAGCGCAAUGACAAUACACCUUAAGAAGAAGGUCAGCAAAAGGAGAUUUAAACAGAGAUCUAGAGCCACAUUCCCCAUUCUGGCAACUUCCAGAUUUUUCAGACUAAAAUUCCCAGAACACCAGCUGGGAAUUCUAGGAACUACAGCCCUAGGAGGUUGGAACCAGGGUGGAGUAAGCUGAUU